CAAAGGAAUAAAAACAGGUAUAUCACACAUAAUAUGCCUAACCCGUAAAGCGUAAACAUCCAAAAUGGCUUCUGCGUUAGAGAGCCUUGAAACUCAGCUCGAAUUAUUUAUUGAAAAUGUCCGGCAAAUACGUAUCAUAGUUAGUGAUUUUCAACCUCAGGGGCAAAACGUUUUGAAUCAGAAAAUACAAGGACUGGUAACUGGGCUUCAAGAGAUCGACAAACUGAAAGCCCAAGUUCAAGACGUACACGUUCCUCUGGAAGUUUUUGACUAUAUCGACCAAGGUAGAAAUCCACAACUGUAUACCAAAGACUGCAUCGAUAAAGCACUAACCAAGAACGAACAGGUCAAGGGGAAAAUAGAUGCAUACAGGAAAUUCAAAGCAAAUAUGCUUGUUGAAUUAAAUCGAGUGUUCCCAAAUGAACUAGCCAAGUAUCGAGCAAUUCGAGGCGAUGAAUAAUGUAAUAUUUAGUUUGAUUUUAGUUAUUUUAUAUUUAUCUAAUAUUUCCUAUGUUAAUUAAUCACUGAACUGACAAGUUGUGGAACUGAUGGGUUAUUACAUUUUUUUUUAAUGAACAGUGUCAUAAAGUUUAUUAACAUUCGUCAAUCAUUCUAUCAGAUUUCUAUGCACUCAUGUAUAUUUAUACAAAUUUUUCAGAAAUAAUAAUUUCAACAUUCAUAUUUACUUUACGAGUAGCCACAACUGGGUAGGAUGUAUCGGACUGGCCGGAAGGUACUUUUUACAUUUUUUUACCUAUUGAUAAAAAUAAAACUUGAUAUGUUAAAGUAAA